AUCUUCCGUAUAUACAUACACAGGCAUCUCUCAUACCAGAAACCUCCAAAUAAUGACUGCUGUUGCAAUCCCCAAAACCCAAAUCGCAGCCGUUCUCCCCUCCGGUGCAACUCUAGAGGCUCGUCUCGAUAUCCGGAAUGACCGUCCCGUCCCCACCCCCGCAGAAGGCGAAGUCCUCGUCAAGCUCGAGUACUCGGGCGUGUGCCAUUCAGAUGUGCAUAGUGUUCGUGGAGAGACACCCAUGUUGACUGAUGUAGCGGGGCAUGAGGGCGUAGGGAGGGUGGUUCAAGUUGGGAGUGGAGUUGAUGACAAGGGUUGGAUGGGAAAGAGAGUUGGGAUUCGGUGGCUCUACAGUUCAUGUUUGGAGUGUGAGAUUUGCGAGAGGAAUCAUACGGCUUGUCCUUAUCAGAGGAAUGCGGGGGCGAAUGUACCAGGGACUUUCCAGCAAUAUCUUGUCAGUCCUGCAGCACAUGUUACGAAAAUCCCAGAGGAGUUGGAUCCAGAUACAGCAGCACCGCUGUUAUGUGCUGGAAUUGCCAUGUACUCGUCCAUCAUGAAAACCAAGACUCUCCCUGGAGAUUGGAUUGUUCUCCCAGGGGCUGGAGGUGGUCUUGGACACAUGGGAGUCCAAAUUGCUGUAAAAAAAGGACUGAAAGUCAUCGCUAUUGAUAGCGGGGAAAAGAAAAAACAACUCUGCCUAAAGCUCGGAGCCACGAUUUUCCUGGACUACAAAACCGACAACGUAGAAAGUGAAGUGAAAGCUCUGACAUCCGGACUCGGCGCACACGCUGUAAUCUGUACAGCACAGAGCGAAGCCGCAUACGAGCAGAGUCUCCGGUUGCUCCGCUCCUUGGGGGUUCUUGUUUGUGUAGGGAUUCCGAACGUGCCGUUUAGGUUACCGGCUUCUCCGUUUGAUAUGAUUGUGAAAGGGUUAACGAUUGUGGGGAACUCUGCAGGAACCGCACGGGAAAUGGAGGAGUUGAUGGAGAUGGCUGUGGCUGGGGAUGUAAAGGCGCAUAUUGAGUGUUUUGAGUUUGACCAGAUUGAUGAUGUGAUUCAGAGGUUGGGCAGGUCAGAGAUUGAUGGGAGGGCUGUGAUGCGGAUUCCGGAGUGAAUCUUUGCUCUUGGUUUGGCUAUUUGUGAUUCGUUUCGCAUGAGAUGGCGGGGACAGAGAGGUCUGCGGGGGAGUGUUGGAUUAAUCCGCGAAACGGCAGGCGGGGAUCAAAUUCGUGGAAAUCGGUGUAUACUAAGGAGGAAAGGACAAAGAUCACAAAGCAGAUGAAGCUCACGAUCUAAUGACGAAGACAUCCUUGAGGGGAACUAAUCUGUAUAUGAGUUUAUGGAGAGGAGAGAUUGAGGCUGGGGUUGUGCCAGA